AUGCAGAAAGUUGUACCCGAAAUUUGGCCAAUAUUCGAUCAAAGAGUCCGCGAGAUGGUCGAGAUCUCCCAGCCAGGCAAGCCCGUUGAGCUUCAGCAUCAUGUACAAGCCAUCAUGGCGGAGGCUACUAUUUGUAUCUUUUUUGGACAAGGAUAUGCCAACUCCAAAAACGUGAAGUCUGUUCUGGACCUGGCUGAAGACAUUGCUGAGCUCUUGGGGAUCUACCAAAAUCAAUCUUUCCUGGGGCGCAAUCUCUUCUGGCUGUGGAAACCAUUGACAUGGGCCCAGAUUGUCCUGUUUCGUAUUCCGCUUCAUAUUGGGUUCACAUUCGCAAGGACAUUAUGGACAGAUAUCUCCGACAUGGCAAAGUCUCCCAGGAAGAAGGAUGAUAGUCUAGUCAACUACCUCGUGCGUGCUUACGCAUCGCCGGAUGGACAUCUAUCAGUUCGCACUAGAAUGUGGAUUAUGGUGUUGAUCCUGACCUUUUUGUUCGCCAGCUUGCAUCAAACAGCUACCAUCAUGGUCUGGAUAACGUAUCACCUGGCACUCCAUCCAGACUGUCAGAACUCUCUUCGUGACGAAGCCUCAUCCAUUGUCAGCUCUCGGGAGCUGAGCUACUCAAGUUCCAUUGUCGAUGUACAAACCAUGCAAAACGCAGUUAAGACUGACUCUUUCAUCCGUGAGGUUCUUCGAAUGAAAGGUGAUCUUGUCAAUCUUGUGCGGGCGCCCAUUCGUGAUAUCGAGUUAGGUGGUUAUAUUGUUCCAAAAGGGUCUCUCGUGUUCCCAGUGACACACCUAUCCUAUCGAUCUCCAGAGUUUGUCAAUCAACCGAACGAGUUCAGUGGGGCACGAUGGGUUGGAUCAGGAAAAUCAGCCGCUAUGACCGGCCCUGGAUACCUUGCUUUUGGUCUUGGGAGAUGGGCUUGCCCGGGGAGAUUGCUCGCUGUAAUGGAGCUCAAAUGUUGGAUUUUUGCUUUGCUCAAGUACUCGAAGGUUGAUCUUGAUGGUGGUAAGUAUGAGAUUUUGGAUCCAUUUAAUAUCACCAGUGUUCCGCCACGAGGUGAUAUCCUGAUUGAGAGGUGGGAAAGUCAUGUAUAG